CACGCAGUUUAGGACAUGGACCAUUAUGUCCCAAAGAGAUUACUAACUGGCCCAGAAGCCCAAAAAACUGUAACGGCUAGUGAAGAGCCAAUCCUCCAAGGGAUCAACACUCGGGCGAUUCCCAUUCUGCAGAAUUACGAGGGUGAUGAAUCACCACCAGUCAUGGCGGCUCAACAUUCAAGCCAAAGCCAAGAGCUUUCAUUUCAAGCUGUCCGCGACCAGUCUCUUUCGCCAUUGCAAUUGCACCUUCUUCCAAUUCUCGCUCAAACUGAAGCUCUUCACACUAUUUCUCAUCACACUAAAAUCUGAACCCACCAUUUCCAGUCCCACAACUCCAACAUCGUCCAACUCAAGGCUCCGCAGAUUUCUUCAAAAGCUCCGCAUUCGAAGGCGUCCAAGAUCUGCUCAAACCCAGAAAAAUUCAGAAAACGUGAGAUUUGAUGAUGCAAUUGUUGGCCUCUUGAGCAGAUCUGUUUUCAAGAAAGGUAAAGAUGGGGUUUUUAUACUUGGCUCAACCACACUGUUGUGUGUUACCUGGCUCUUCAAGCAUUUCCUGAGAAGAAAUUUGUGGGUUUUCAUGGUCCUUCUGGUUGCAUCUGUGGUGGGUUUUUCAGGCAUCAUGGAUUUUUGGAACCACUUCAAUGAAGACUCUGUUGCCAUUAGACAUUUUUGGGAAGUGAAUAAACCUGUUUUUAACAAAUUUUUUUAACUAGUUUCAUUUCUGUAAUGAUCAAGGCAUUGUUCUUCUCCUUC